UUAACAUUUUUUUAAAAAAAGCUCUCACUCUUUCUUCAGCCGUCACUUUGGAUCCAUUGAGCGACUGGAUUUCUAUAUGAUCAGUUUGUGCUACAGAAAGUGAAGAAACCCUCUAUAGAUAACAGCUGAACAAGUAAGACAUGAGAGACAGACUGAGCAACCUACAGCAGGUGCAGACUGACUCAGAGGGUUUCAGCACAGUGGAGCUGGACGACCUGUCAGAGCAUGCAGCGGCAGCGGCAGCGGCAGCGCCACAUUCACACCAGGACAUGGAUGGUGUCCUACAGGAGGCCCAGCAGAUUCGUCUGCAGAUCCAGCAGAUCCAGAACGACAUCAGCGAGUUGAAAGAUGUCAACUACCAGGCCUUAAACAAGACCACGUACGCCACAGCAACAAAGCGGGACUCCAAUGCAAUCGGGGCAGAUAUUAAAAGCAGGGCAGAAGGUGUGCUGCAGCAGCUGCACACGAUGAACGCUCUCAGAGGGGAACUGGAGGCCCAGCGUGGCAGCGCUGACCCCACAGCACGUAUAGCUCGGACACAGUACCAGUGUCUGAGCAAUGCUCUGCAGGAGGUGAUGUUCAGCUACAAUGACACAGAGAUGAGCCACAGGGAGGCUUGUAAACGUCAGAUCCAGAGGCAGAUGGAGGUGGUGGGCAGGGAGGUCAGCGAGGAGGAGCUGGAGGAGAUGAUGGAGGGCGAGGAGUUGACUGUGUUCAGCGUCCAGCUGGAGGGCAAAACGGCCCGUUCCGCUUUACUCCAGAUCGAGAGUCGUCAAAAGGAGCUGGUGGAGCUGGAGAAGAGGAUCCAGGGGAUCCAGGAGCUGUUCCUGGACGUGGCCGUGCUCGUAGAGGAGCAGGGGGUCGCCGUCCAAAACAUCCAGAAAAAUGUCCAAAAUGCUGAAGUGGCCGUUCAGGAAGGAAUAGUCCAGCUGGAGAGAGCCACUGCAUCCGAUAAGAGCAACCCCUUCAAGAAACUGUUCUGUGGCUGCUUCCCAUGUUAUUACAACUAGGUCUGAUGAGGGGCCACUGGGUUUGGAUCAGGUCCACUGGUCCGUGUGGUCAAAACUGCACUACAAAAUAAAUGAGCAACCCUUUAAGCCAUAUCUGGAGCCUUUGAUGAUUGUAAAAUAUUGUGAGACUGUAACUGAGCUGCACCGGUUUCCAGGGUGAGGAGAAACCCUGUGGACAGUUCAUUGAACACUUUAAACACUGAUGAUGAUGAGGUGAACUUAUACUGUUUUUAUCUGGAUAAAAAGAGAGCAAACAUACAUCAAACAAACAAGAGAUCAAUAUACCCAAUGAGAUUUAUCAAACUAAUGAUCAGCAUAAUUUGCAAACAGCCAUAUCAGCAAAUAAUAUAAAUCAAUAGGGAAUCAGACAUAACUUUCAAUCAUAUAACAUAGAUUUUGUCAACUGGACACACUCCGUCUAAUGAUGAAGAUCAAGUCAUGUAUGAUUGAAAGCCAGUGGUGGAGCGUAGUACCUUAAGUACAGUCCUUGAGUAAAUGUACUUAGUUACAUUCAACUACUGUGGUUAAGUAACAUUUUCGAUGCAGGACUUUUACUUGUAAUAGAAUAUGUUAACAGUUGCGCUACUUUUACGUCACUAAAGGGUCUGAAUACUUCUCCCAUCUUUAUAUAAAGCAGUAAAAAUGAUCUAUGUCCUAACCACAACAGUAAAAUGCUACUUAAUGCAUCAGUAAUAUUGAUCCAAUAAUAUGAUAUACAAUGGUACUACUAAUUCUGUUCAUUUGAUACUUCUAAUACAUUUUGCAAGUGACUUAUGGACCUUUAUACUGGAGUAACAUCAUGUUUCCAGCAGCAGUUUUAGUGAUGGAGUAUUUUUUACAAUGUGGCAUUUGUACUUUUACUAAGUAAAUGAUCUAAAUAUACUUCACCACUGUGGACAGCAUGGAAGUUCCAUGCAACAGCAUCUAAAUUUACUUUGUGGUGAAACUAUUUGUUAACUUCUGUUUUUUUCCUGUACACUUUUAUAAGUAUAGAUGUUAUAUAUAGACCUCAGUAUAAUAAGAUCAAAUUAUGUUUUAUUGUUUCACGUUAAUUUAAUGGAAGACUUUGUUAAUAAAGAAAAAAAAUUUAAAAUGUAAUGUAAUGUCUGUCAUGUGUCAUCCUGACAGUAAACU